AUGUCGCCAUCUAAAGCCAUCGGUAUCGACUUGGGCACAACCUACUCUUGUGUCGGUGUUUGGCAAAAUGACCGUGUUGAGAUCAUCGCCAACGACCAGGGUAACCGUACUACCCCCUCUUAUGUCUCCUUUUCGGACAGCGAACGGUUGAUUGGUGAUGCUGCCAAGAAUCAGGUAGCUAUGAACCCCCACAAUACCGUUUUCGACGCCAAGCGUCUUAUCGGUCGUAAAUUCGAUGAUGCUGAGGUCCAGUCCGACGUCAAGCACUUCCCCUUCACUGUUUUCAGCAAGGGUGGCAAGCCUUACAUCCGAGUGGAGUACAAGGGAGAGCAGAAGGAGUUUUCUCCCGAGGAAAUCUCGUCGAUGGUUCUUCUUAAGAUGAAGGAGACCGCUGAGUCCUACUUGGGCUACAAUAUCAACGACGCUGUCGUCACCGUCCCUGCCUACUUUAACGACUCCCAGAGACAGGCUACAAAAGACGCUGGUACUAUCUCUGGAAUGAACGUUCUUCGUAUCAUCAACGAACCCACUGCUGCUGCCAUCGCAUAUGGUCUCGACAAAAAGGUUAUCGGUGAGCGCAACGUCCUCAUCUUCGAUCUUGGAGGAGGAACCUUUGAUGUGUCGCUCUUGACCAUCGAGGAGGGUAUAUUCGAGGUGAAGGCCACUGCUGGUGACACUCACUUGGGUGGUGAGGACUUUGACAACCGACUCGUCAACCACUUCGCACAAGAGUUCAAGCGCAAGCACAAGAAGGAUCUCUCUUCCAACCCUCGUGCGCUCCGUCGUCUACGAACUUCCUGCGAGCGUGCCAAGCGGACUCUGUCAUCGGCCACCCAGACUUCCAUUGAGAUUGACUCCCUCUUUGAGGGUAUCGACUUCUAUACUUCCCUUACUCGUGCCCGUUUCGAGGAGUUGUGCGCGGACCUGUUCCGCAGCACGCUCGAGCCCGUCGAGAAGGUCCUCCGGGACUCUAAGAUCGACAAGGCGAACGUCCAUGAAAUCGUCCUUGUCGGCGGUUCCACGCGUAUUCCCCGUAUCGUUAAGCUCGUGUCUGACUUCUUCAAUGGCAAGGAGCCCAAUAAGAGCAUCAACCCUGAUGAGGCCGUUGCUUACGGUGCUGCCGUUCAGGCUGCCAUUCUUUCCGGCGACACCUCUGAGAAGACUCAGGACCUCCUGCUUCUCGAUGUCGCUCCUCUAUCGCUCGGUAUUGAGACUGCCGGUGGUGUCAUGACUGCCCUCAUCAAGCGCAACACCACCGUCCCCACCAAGAAGUCUGAGACAUUCUCGACAUACUCGGACAACCAGCCUGGUGUCUUGAUCCAGGUGUACGAGGGUGAGCGUGCGCGCACGAAGGACAACAACUUGCUCGGCAAGUUCGAGCUAUCUGGCAUUCCCCCGGCACCCCGUGGUGUUCCUCAGGUCGAGGUCACCUUCGACAUUGACGCCAACGGUAUCCUGAACGUCUCCGCAUCUGACAAAACUACCGGCAAGUCAAAUCGCAUCACAAUCACCAACGACAAGGGUCGCUUGUCUGCAGAGGAGAUCGAGCGCAUGGUUAACGAAGCUGAGAAAUACAAAGCUGAAGAUGAGGCCGCGGCUGCUCGCAUUCAGGCCAAGAAUGGCCUUGAAUCAUAUGCAUACAACCUGCGCAAUUCUAUCACUGACGAGAAGCUUGCUGACAAGUUCGACCCCGCCGACAAGUCGAAGCUCGAGAGCUCCGUCAACGAGACCAUCUCGUGGCUGGAUGCAUCACAGGAAGCAUCAAAGGAGGAGUAUGAGGGCAAGCAAAAGGAGUUGGAGAGCAUCGCCAACCCUAUCAUGCAGAAGCUCUACGGCGCUGCAGGUGGUGCUCCUGGUGGUUUCCCCGGUGCUCCUGGCGGUGCGCCAGGUGGUUUCCCUGGCGCGGGCGAGGACGGUCCUUCUGUGGAGGAGGUCGACUAA